GCAGGACAAGUUGCUCCUCACACUUGCUUCUGACAUAGUUGUGUUGAAAUACAAGCCCAGAAACAGACACCAUGGUGCACCUGACUGAUGCCGAGAAGGCUGCCAUCUCCGGCCUGUGGGGAAAGGUGAACGCUGAUGGAGUUGGCGCUGAGGCCCUGGGCAGGCUGCUGGUGGUCUACCCUUGGACCCAGAGGUUCUUUGAACACUUUGGGGACCUGUCCUCUGCCUCCGCUGUCAUGGGCAAUGCCCAGGUGAAAGCCCAUGGCAAGAAGGUGAUCACUGCCUUUGGUGACGGCCUGAAACACCUGGACAACCUCAAGGGCACCUUUUCUGCCCUGAGUGAGCUGCACUGUGACAAGCUGCACGUGGAUCCUGAGAACUUCAGGCUCCUGGGCAAUAUGAUUGUGAUUGUGCUGUCCCACGACCUGGGCAAGGAUUUCACCCCCGCUGCACAGGCUGCCUUUCAGAAGGUGGUGGCUGGUGUGGCCUCUGCCCUGGCUCACAAGUACCACUAACCCCAUUUCUUGCUCGUGUUUAUGCACUAAUGUUUUUUGUCCCCUGGAGAAAAACUCUCCAUUGUGGGUCAAAUAAUGAAGACCUUUGGGCUUCUACUUCUAUCUAAUAAAAGAUAUUUAUUUUCCUUGCA